AUGGUGCCUCAAUGCCGUAACCGCCCGGCUGUGGUUGUGCCCAGCGCCAAUACGUAUACUUUGUCGGCACGCUCAUCCAAUACACCUGCCUCUGCCUCUACGUCCAUGUCGUUCCGUUACUACCAACCGCCCAAGUCAAAGCGCGUUGAGUCUGAAACCGAGAGCGAAUCCAGCGAAGAUGAACGCCCACGAGGCUCUCGCAGAUCAUCCAACACAGCUUCCCAGCAGUCCAAACGUGGUGCAUGUACACACUGCAAAGGCCUCAAAGUCAAAUGUCAUUUUGGAGCUGGACAACAAUCCUGCCAACGGUGUAUCGUCAACAAGCUUCAAUGCGUCGUGAUUGGUCGCAAGAAACGGCGCGCAGUAGCUACACAUGAGGAACUUCUCCUCAAGUCACAUAAGCAAGACAUCGAGAUUGCAAACCUAUUGCACCAAUUCGACGAGCUCACCACGGACUACCGCAUCAAGUCAUGGAUCAAUAAAGCGUCCAGCAAGACCGGACACUCAGGUCGUUCUCCUGGAUCUCAGCACUCGCCAACAAGCUCUGGCUCUUCGAGCCUUGGUAGGGACCAGACGAGCUGGUCAUCUCACUACGGGUACGCUGAGUCAGAGUCACCUUGUAGUCCUGACAUGAAGAUGAGUGUCAACUACUUCCCGUUGCCAUCAAGCCACUUCCCGAUGUCGCCUGUCGAGAAAUACACCGUACAAGAACUACUGGGCUAUUUCCCAGAUAAUACUGUUUCUCCUUACACCAAGCCGCCAGAGAUAGUGGCGCGGGGGGUUAUUCAUCCCCAUGACGUCCACGAUCUUUUCGCUAUUUAUUUCAAGUUCAUCAAUCCCUACUUCUCACUCCUCGAUCCCGUACUUCACACGCCAGAAAGACUUUUUUGGCAUUCGCACUUCCUCUUUACCUUAAUAUGCUGUGUUUCGACGAAGUACUCGGCGAAAUAUGCCCCGAUGUGUCCAGUAUUCGUUGAGUUCGCUCGUGACCUAGCUGGCAAGACUCUUGUGGAUGGAAGGAAGACAAUUGACGAAUGUCAAGCUUUCCUUAUCCAGUCGGCCUAUCAAUUACCUCGGAAGCGGUUUGAGGAUCAACGAACAUGGUUAACGAUGGGCUUGGCAUUUACGCUUGCUGUGGAGCUGAAACUGAAUGAGCCCCCCGCCGAUGACGGCUUCGAAGACAUGGACACGAAAGAUUCGAUGGGGUGGGAACGCGAGCUUGCUCUUCGGAAACGCAUGAACCGCAUUCGCACAUGGCUUAACUGCUAUUGCGUUGAUGCAAGUCACGCUGCCCAGUUUGGCAAGCCCGCCAUGCUUGAAGUCGAAGAUUAUAUUGCACGGACUUGCAGAGAGUGGUAUCUCUCCCCAUAUAGUCUCUCGAUUGACGUGCACCUCGUUGCCCAUGUCGAGGUGUGUCGGGUAAUACGUCACUUUAGGAUUGAUGUGGAGGCCCUUGAAACUGAGGAAAAAGAGCACCCGUCGAAACAAUCAAGGGUACCGGAUGUACUCAAAAUCGUUGAUACAUACCACAGUGAGCUCAUGAAGCUUCGAAACGAAUGGAGCAACCGAUUUGAGGUGCACCCAGGAAGCGAUGACUACAUGUGCGAAUAUCGAGCACACACAUGCCAAAUGACAAACGCAUUCAAUCGCCUUAUGGUGCUGGGCUACGGGCUACAACGGGUUGUUUCGGCUCAGAAACAUGAAAAGGGAGCGGGUGCAUCUAGGGAUGACUUCCUUGUUCGACAGUGCAUUGAAACUGCCAAAGAAGUGAUCAGUUGUAUGAUAUACAAGUUGUUCCCGACCGGAAUGCUCCGGUACACCUUGGAUGCACAUUUGCUUUUCGUCACUUUUGCUGCGGCGCAUCUGCUUUCUCUUCUCAGGCCAGAAAUGUCUGUUCUUUUACGACCGGGCGAUAUCGAGGAUAUCGACCGCCUUGUUCAUGGACUCGUUGAUUGCUUGCGGUCCAAGGAGGUCUCGGAAGACGAUCACGGACGCCAUGCCCCGUUCCAUUACGCUCGCUACCUGACGAAGCAACUUAAGAUAUUCUCCGCUCUUUUACCGCGUCACAAUCGUCAGAACCGGCGGGUCUCGACUGGACAUGGGAAUAGCGCCUCUCAGAGCUUCGCUCAUCGGUCGGAUUCUGUCGCCGUCCCUGGUUCGUCCACAUGGGCGGGACCGGUAUCCGAGACGAUGUUCCAAAACAAUAGGCUUUCCGUGGACACCGGACUGGGGCACGAGUCAUUCCAAGCAGACCUUCACGGCGUCAAUCGGACGUUCCCAGAUGAAUUGAGCGGCUACCCUGUCGACUUUUCACUGAUCAACUUCAUGCAAACGGUGAACGAGCCGCAGUUUACGAAAAGUACGCCACCACCAGGAGAAGUAGAAGAUGGAAGCCGGUGGUGGCAGCACAUGUACCCUGUCAGCAAUCAGACGUCAUGGCCGAUGGCGGUGGAAAACCAUACGAUGCAGGCCGGCCAGAGGUAG